AGUUAUUAUUCAUGAGCCACAACAUCGCCAUACUAUGUUUCGUUAUUUCGCAAACAGGGAAUGCUAGUUUUCCUUGAACAACAUCUUAUGCUUUUAUCGCAAAGAGCGAUUUCUGUCUAGGUUAUGGCUUUAUUUGUUUUUAACUCUGAAUCAAAGAUGAACUCUUUUUCGUUCAUGAUGUUACAUUUUAUUCUCAUCUGCGUCACUUUGCAUUGUGGCAAUCUGGUCGCGGCAACAUCGUAUCCAAGACCGAAUAUUGUUUUAAUCCUCACUGAUGAUUUAGAUGUCUCUAUCGGUGGAAUGAUCCCAUUGUCUAAGACGAAAAAGCUGAUAGGUGAUGCUGGUAUAACGUUUACAAACACUUUUGUUGCCAGUCCACUUUGCUGCCCCAGCAGGGCGAGCAUCCUGACGGGCAAGUAUCCUCAUAACCAUCAUGUUGUGAACAACACACUGGAGGGUAACUGCAGCAGCGUGGCAUGGCAGAAAACCCAAGAGCCCAUCACCUUCCCAGCCUUUUUGCAGAAACAUGGGGCCUAUCAGACGUUCUUUGCGGGGAAAUAUCUCAAUGAGUACGGCAACAAAAAAGCUGGAGGAGUGGAGCAUGUGCCACUGGGCUGGGAUCAGUGGUUUGCAUUGGAGAGAAACUCAAAAUACUACAACUACACGCUGUCUGUGAACGGCAGGCCACAGCGACAUGGACAGAACUACAGUCAGGAUUACCUUACAGAUGUUCUGGCCAAUAUUUCUAUAGACUUCCUGGAAAACAAAUCCAACCGCAGGCCUUUCUUCAUGAUGGUGUCCACCCCAGCUCCACACUCACCCUGGAUGGCUGCUCCUCAGUAUGAGAGCAGUUUUUCCAAUGUUAAAGCUCCACGAGACCCUAACUUUAACAUUCACGGCAAGGACAAGCAUUGGCUCAUCAGACAAGCAAAGACUCCCAUGACAAACUCUUCCAUUGAAUUCUCGGAUAACGCCUAUAGAAAACGAUGGCGGACUUUGCUCUCUGUUGAUGACCUGGUGGAGAAGGUGGUGAGGAAGCUGGAGAUCAGGGGAGAGCUCAGCAACACCUAUAUCAUUUUCACUUCUGACAACGGAUAUCACACGGGCCAGUUUUCACUUCCCAUGGAUAAGAGGCAACUGUACGAGUUUGACAUCAGGGUUCCUCUUUUGGUGCGAGGGCCUAACAUCAAACCCAACCAGACAUGCUCGUUACUUGUAGCCAAUGUGGAUUUGGGUCCUACAAUUCUGGACAUAGCGGGAUAUAACAUCAAUGAAACUCAGAUGGACGGCAUGUCUUUUUUUCCUAUCAUGACUGGUACAGGAAACAGCAGCGCUUGGAGAUCUGACGUUCUUGUGGAAUAUGAGGGAGAAGGUAGCAACAUCUCGGAUCCAACCUGCCCUUCACUUGGCCCGGGGGUGUCGCAGUGUUUCCCUGACUGUGUAUGUGAAGACUCGUACAACAACACGUACGCCUGUGUGCGCACAGUGUCACAGGCUGCUAACUUGCAGUACUGUGAAUUUGACGACAAUGAGGUGUUUGUAGAGGUGUACAACCUGACGGCAGACCCUUUUCAGCUAAGUAACAUUGCUAAGAGCAUCGAUCAGGAGGUUUUGGAGAAGAUGAACCAUCGGUUAAUGAUGUUGCAGUCAUGCUCAGCACAGACCUGCAGAACGCCUGGCGUUUACGAUUCACAGUUUAAGUUUGAUCCUCGAUUAAUGUUCGGUAGCCUUAACGCUCACAGAAACAAACUGCGACAGACGCUGAAGUAGGAUAGAAGAGGAAAAAUGAGAUGAAAGGACUGAGAAACAAGCCUUGAUUUUCUGACACAUCCCAUCUGUCCUCUGAUGAUGAUGUCAUCAAGGUGUGCCAAGGGUCCCUUGCAACCUUCCGACAUUUGUCACACGUGAUCCAGGAAAAACUGCCAGUCGAAACAUACUGUAUCUGUGAGAGUAUUAACAACAUAUUCCUGCGUUGGUUCAUUUUUGCUGCUUUAAAUUAACAAUUGAGAACGUUUCAAAUAAUAUCUGCUGUUUGGUUUUCAUUUAAAUGCACAGUACUGAUUAUUGCUGAAUGGUCAAUUACUAGAUAUAUAUCAACAUUUUACUUAACUACUUUGUUGAUUUGUUAUCAUUUUAUGUAAGAUUAUCACAAAGAUAUCAGCAAAUGAAACCUCAACAGUGAGGGAAAGUUUUGCACUUUCAACAAUCCAAAUCACUGAAAAGCUAUGCUGGUGUUUUUUUAUGUUCAACAGACACAGACCUACUGAAACUUUGUCCAUAUAUUUCAAAUAUUACAUUCAGUAAUGCACUUUACAGUCUGCGACAAACACAUCAGAUGUUUAAUAACAAUUUACACUUAUUUUAUUUGUAUUGUUGUUACAGUAAUUGUGGACGUUUGUGUCUUCUUUCUUUGACUGAUUCUGAGAUGAUUGUUUGUUGGUGUUGUUGCUGCAGGGUUUUUUCUGGGUAAAUUGCCAAGAAAAAAUAAGACAAGUGGAAGGUAAACAUGACUGAGAAUUACACAUAAUCUAACUGUAAUACAGUCUUAAUAAAAACAAAUGGUAUGUCUUUUUGUGCAACCAGUUUAUAAGAUGUUUGAAAUAUUGUAUGUGGCUUGGUGACUGAAAUGUAACGUUAUAGUGCAAAAAUAACUUCACAUACCCACUCACAAUUAAAGGGGACAUGGCAC